GGCAUGCACGGCGCGCCGCGGAGCUGACGGCGGCCGCUGGCCCCAUGUCCUUCGCGAUGCUGCGCUCGGCACCGCCCGGCCGCUACCUGUACCCCGAGGUGAGCCCGCUGUCGGAGGACGAGGACCGCGGCAGCGAGAGUUCGGGCUCCGACGAGAAGCCCUGCCGCGUGCACGCGGCGCGCUGUGGCCUCCAGGGCGCCCGGAGACGGGCCGGAGGCCGGCGGGCGGGGGGCGGCGGCCCGGGGCCUGGGGGGCGGCCGGGCCGCGAGCCCCGACAGCGGCACACGGCGAACGCGCGCGAGCGGGACCGGACGAACAGCGUGAACACGGCCUUCACGGCGCUGCGCACGCUCAUCCCCACCGAGCCGGCCGACCGCAAGCUCUCCAAGAUCGAGACCCUGCGCCUGGCCUCCAGCUACAUCUCGCACCUGGGCAACGUGUUGCUGGUGGGUGAGGCCUGCGGCGACGGGCAACCCUGCCACUCGGGGCCCGCCUUCUUCCACGCGGCGCGCUCUGGCAGCCCUCCACCCCCGCCGCCCCCGCCCCCCGCCCGCGACGGCGAGAACGCCCAGCCCAAACAGAUCUGCACCUUCUGCCUCAGCAACCAAAGAAAGUUGAGCAAGGACCGAGACAGAAAGACGGCGAUUCGGAGUUAG